AUGUCACAUCUUAGAGACUGUGAGAACUUCCAGUGUGGUCACGGAUAUGUGAAAUGUUAUAGCUCGUACUGCAUGCCUCAUUAUUAUCUUCGUGAUGGGAGAGCUGACUGUCCUACAGGAGAAGACGAGCAACUGUUCUACACUGGUCCAUGUACUGGACAUUUUGCUUGCUGGGACAGCAACAUCUGUCUUCAUCCUCACCUAGUUUGUGAUUUCCCGUAUGAUGAUGUUGAACUUGGCUGCUGCUAUGAUUGUCUCGAAGGUUUCGGAUUAUUUUUGUUAAAUGCCACAGGAGCAGUUCUGAAUUUAAAAAUCCUGAUCUUGUCUAAAUGCAAUAUAAGUGAGUUAUCUUUACCUUUACUUUAUAACUAUCCGCAAUUUAUAAUUGAGACACUAGACAUUAGCUACAAUAAAUUUAAAGUCUUUGCAACCGAUGAAUACAACUAUUUUUACAAACAAAUAAUUUAUCUUAACAUUUCUCACAAUCGGCAGUUGAAGUCAAUGAGAAAUUUCCGGUUCAGUUCUCUAGAAAUAUUUGACCUUUCCUUUACAAGCCUGUCUCAUCUAAACGAUUCAGUGUUUGCACAACUCCCUAGAUUGAAACAUCUCAAUUUGGGCAAUUCGUUGAUAUCAAAAUUUAGGAGGCAAUAUUUCAGCCCAAAACUGACACUGCAGACAUUAGAUUUACGAGGUAUUCUUACACAAGAUCUCGACGACUAUUUAUUUCAUAAUCUCACAAUUAGCCAGGCGUUAUAUUCUGAUCUUUUCCAGAUUUGCUGUCCACAGAUUCAAGAAUUAGUAAUUUCCCCUCGUUCGUGCAUUGCUCCUUUAAAUACAGACCCCUUUUCCUCGUGUGGUAAUCUGCUAGGACUAGAUAUUCAGCGAUUUCUUCUCUGGAUUGUUGCAACACUCGCAGUUCUGGGAAACGUGACGGUCAUUGUUUAUCGUAAAAUCUGGGAUGGGUCAGUCCUCCAGACAGGAUACGGUCUGUUUGUGACCAACUUGGGUGUAUCUGACUUCAUCAUAUGA